CGAAGUCUGAUAAAGAACAAUCCUUACAAAAUACAAAAAAAUAUAUAUAUUUAAAAAAUACAAUUGAGCAACCAAACAUGGCCAACAUUCUAAGUUUUACCAUCUUUAUGGCUGCCAUUGCUAUUGGACUGGCUUUAGCCACAACAACGACAGCAAGUACAAGGACACCCAUGCCCACUUCCACUGAAAAAUCCAUGGAAAAGGACGAUCCCAUGGAGUCCUUGGAACGCCGUGACAAACGCCAAUUGACCGCCAAUGGUGGCCAGAGCAGCCUGGCUGGUUCCAGCGGCAACUAUCCCGUUUUCUUCGAUGGCCUUAAUGUGAAUCCCCCGCUGCAGCCACUGCCGCCACUGCAGCAACUUCAGCCUCUGCAGCCAUUGCAGCCGAUUACGGUGGUGACUCCUGUGGCCUCCAGUUCGAAUGCCCAGAGCCAGCAGCCGCAGUCCGGCUGGCUGCCUCAGUUUAGCCAGAAUCUUCCACUUAUCGGAACCUGGGUGGGUGGCCUGCCCAAUUUGAUCAACGGCCUGGGACUCGGUUCGCUAAACGGCGGCUUCGGCACUCUGGGCGGCCUGAAUCUGGGCAACCUGGGACUGGGUGCAGUGGCGCCGGUGGCCGCGGUGCCGGGCCAACUGCUCGGCUCGUCACCCAAUCCCCAGACCACAUGCCCACUCACCCAGAAGCUCAACUGCCGCUGUGAGCCGCUCGUUCAGCUGCCGGGCCUGAAGCCCAGUUCCAAUCCACUGAGGACGCAGCUGGUGCAGAUCAUGCGGCAGAAUGCGCGGAAGAACGAGGACGGUUCGCAGGAGGUGCGCGUAAUCCUGAGCAGCGGACAUGUGAUCUACCAGCGGACGGCCAAGGAUCGCGGCCAGAGUGGCUACCUUGCCAUGAGAAUUCAGUCGGGCAGGUACUUCAACAUCUACUACAGUGUCAACGAGAAGGAGUACACGGUGCGGGCGGAUGUCAAGGACACGCCACCCACCUCCGAUUUUGACGACGAGCUGAGUGGUCAGUUCUAAAAAUUGGUCAAAGGGAUUUCCCUUUACUUACCUACAGUUUUUUUUUCUAUACUUAAUACUUAACUAGCCAUUUUUUAUAUGAAAUGCACUUAAACAUAUGUAUUUGAAUAAGCAUUUAAACAUAUUUAUGCUUAUAUGUUAAGCGUGCCCGAUUUGAACCAAGCCGCCGAAAUUCUUCGUAAACUCCAUUAAUCCCUUUUUUAUUCGCAACUUUUUUUUUGAACUUAAACAACUACAAACUAGCUGCGAAAGAAAUAAACUACAAUGAAACAC